UUAAAGAUUCAUUCAUCACGUUUUUAAUAAAAUGCUUUAAUUUCUCGAUUAAAAUACGAUAAAUACAUUUAAAAAAGUGUGUCAUUAUAUUUAAUAUUAAGAAUGUCAUUAUUAGAAAAAAUUCGAAUGUUGAAUAAGGAACAGUUAAUAAUAGUAAUUAGAGAGAAUGGAUUUGAAGGCAUUGCCGAGAUUCUGGAAGAUAAGGACAUAACUGGCCAAACGUUUCUUAAUCUUCCUACAUUUCAGCUUAUCAGUUGGAAUUUAUCAAUAGGAGCAAUGAAAACUCUCACUAAAUUUAUAGAACAAGUUAAAAAUAAUCCACAAAUCCUCAACAGAAACAAUUUACUCAAAGCAUAUCAAGAAAAACAGGAAUUUUCCACAAAUACGAGUGUAAAAGUAAAAUCAUUCCAGAAUAUUGACGGUCAAAAAUCAUCUCAUUUGAAUGAUUUUAAAAAUAAAUUAGCGAUCACAUUAAAUUCAGAAAAAUCACACCGGUUUCAAAAACCGCCAAUGAUUGAUAGAGAUCUAUUAACUAAUGAGGAAUUUAAUACAAUUUCGAAAGAUCCCAGUGAAUUUCAUAUGAAACCAAAGCCUGUACUUCCACUUCCCAAAGUGAGAGAAAAAAUACCAACUCCAAGGAUACAUCAAAUACCUUUUGUUAGAGGAAAAAACUCGGAAUAUCCAGAUUCCGAUUUCAUUGUAGAUGUUAACGACACACAAAAUAAUUAUACUAGAUAUAUAAUAGAUCAGAGUAAAAGGUCUGCAAUGUGCCAAAAACCUUCAAGUUAUCCAGAGGAUAAUAGCUCAUCUCUAAAUAUUAGAAAACGACUACUGACUCCAACAGAAGUUCAAGGCAAUCUGGAAAUUCCCGAAGAUAUUAAUAUGUCAACAGAAGACUUGAAAUUCAUUUCUCAUAGUAAUAAUAAUACAUAUCCAUCGAGUUACAGACAAAAUCUGCCGGCUCAUGUUGAAGUUUCUAUCAAUAGAUUUAAAAAUAUUGAACCACUUCCAUCGAAUUUAACUAAAAUGAUUCCUGACCAUGAAGGCAUUACUCGUUUAUAUAAGGUGAGUAUUACAUGUGUUUAAUAUGUGUUUUUAGAGUAGCAAACAAUUAGAAUAGAGUCGGAAUAAUUUAGAAUGGAGAG